AGGCGACGACGCGACGCCAGUUCGACGCGGCGCGGCGCUCUAUGGAUAUAGAGCUCGCGUCGGAGACGGACGUUUUUCGAUGUGCUCCGAGUUUACGCGGGAAAAUGAAUUUUGAAAUAAGAAUUUAAUUUUUUUAUUUGGAUUAUAAAAGUGACGUAAAAAUGCUGUUGUUCGGCAUCUUAUUUUUGAUUUCGGCUUCGAAUGCUGAGUAUGUUAUCGACGAAGAGUGUUUAAAUUACACAGUGUAUCCAGUGCAGUAUGAGCUAACUAUAUUUCCACAUAUUCGUGUAGACGGUGUCUCCUACUAUGACUGUAACAUAAUAAUUACGGUAAUCGCAAAUGCACCCUAUGUGAACAUAAUCGAACUCGAUGCGAGAGACUUAGAUAUAAAUGGAGAAUCGAUUAAAGUGUUAGACAAUAGUGUUGAUUUAGUAAAUCAUUAUAGACCUUUUGAAUUUGAUAAUAAAGUUGGCAAAUUGUUUAUUUAUCUGAGUCAACCGUUAAAACAGUACAGUGUUUCCCGAAAUCAGUAUUACAUCCACAUAUCGUUUAGAAAACAAGUGACAUCAAAAAGUGAGGGAAUUUUCGUUGUGGAACAUACAGAAAAUGGAAGAACACAGUACCUUCUGACGACGCGGCUCUCGCCCAACAGAGCGAAGUACUUCUUCCCGUGCUUCGACAACCCGCGGUUCGAGGCGGUGUUCAAGUUCAAGGUGUACGUGACUCCUCCACAGCCCGGUACACAGUACUGUAAUACCACGCUCGUCAUAGCCGAUGAGUUGAAACAUCAAAGUUCAAAAGACUACAAGAUUAUCGAAUACAUAUCUUCGCCUCAAGUUGCUCUCUACCAAGUUGGCUUUCAUCAUUCCCAAUUCGGACACAGAGAGGUUACUUCAGAUGAUAAGACCGAUACCAUAUGCGUAUGGGCGCCGGUCUCCACUCUACAAGACUACACCGUCAUCUUAAACGCUGGAGCCACGAUUCUAAAUUUGAUUCAUGAUUAUGCAUCAGUGAAGAGGCCUCUUGUGAACGGACCGAUAAAUAUAGUAUCUGUUCCGACAAUCCUUAAUGGAUACGAAAUUGGGAGUUGGAACUUACUAACAAAUGGGGACAACAGAUUAUCGUACCAUCACGAUUACACCAGCAUCAAGCAGAUGGAACAAAUGAUGUUCGAGUUGACUCAACAGCUGUGCAGGAUUUGGCUGGGGAGUCCUGGGGAGGCGGAGCGGACGAGGUGGAAGGACGAGUGGUUUAAGGAGGGAGUGGCCACCUACCUCACCUACUACUUUUUGACCCAGUACAACCACGGCAUACCAAAGAAGAAUAUCCCAAUAUCAUACUACGGUCUGCAAAUGAAGAACAAAGCUAUGGCGAUAGACUGGCACCAUAGCACUCCUGCCUUGAUAAACUUCAAUAACACAUUAGCUAUUGAUAUUCCGAAUCGAUACAAAGAUCUUGUCACCAUGAAGACUGCUUCGCUGUUUUGGAUGGUAGAGAACUGGAUCGGAACUGAAAAGUUCCAUCAGGCUUUAGUUAAAUAUAUUAAUUCAAGGAGAGGUAAAUCCGUUUCCCUAGUUGACUUCAUGAUAAGUCUUGAUCACGACACAUUCGAGUGUUUGAACCAGUUCUUCAACGGCUCAACCGCGUCCAGAGUUCUGAACUCCUGGUUCCAUAGACCUGGGUACCCUGUUGUAAACGUCCAGGUGUUGAGGGAUCGCCAACCUAACGCCAUACAGUUGAAGCAGCGGCAAUUCAGCUUCAUCAGCAGAAACAAAGUGGACUCCAACUAUCUGAUACCGAUCUCAUACAUCAUGCAGAACAAUCAGAACUGCUACAACUGCUACCAGCCGAGGUUCACUAUCGGCAUGCAGACCUACACUUUCGGUGAAAACCUCGAUGGCGGCUGGAUUAUAUUGAACACAAAUGCAUCAGGAUAUUACCGAGUUAAUUAUGAUGAAGAAACCUGGAAGCUCAUUGCAAAGACUCUUAAAGAGAACCAUCUGUCCAUAGAUGAACUGAAUAGAGCGCAGAUUGUAAAUGACAUUUUCGCGUUAUACGCAGCUGGUGAUAUCAGAGAAGAGAUUGCUAGAGAUGUUUUAGAAUAUUUACACAAAGAACUAAGUUUUGUAGUAUGGGACUCAGUUGCAUCUGGGUUUGAACUGUUGAAAAUGGAAGGAGCUGCGAUGACGAAGACGCUCUACAUAGAGUGGCAGGAAUUCAUUCAAAGUAAAGUGUCGACCGUUUACAAGCGCCUAAUGAGUAACACCGAGCAAUGGCCGCAGACGAGACUGUUCAGGAGUGGCGUGGUGGAGCUGGCUUGUGAAGUGCGGCUCCGGGCCUGCCUCAACGAUAUGAGGAGAUUUUAUUCCGACCAUCAGCUAGCUAAUACAAGAUUGAAUCCAGAUUUUAGAAGAGCCUGUUAUUAUACCAUUCUAAAUUCGGAAGACGCGAACAUCGUUGAAAAACUGAAUCGCUUGGAACUGGACGAUAAAUUCGCCACAGAACACAAAAUACGAGAAGAGAACCGAUUUCUGUACAAAAUUCCCGUCGGCACCCCGCGACCGCAACCCAUCAUCAUGUCCACCUCCUCAUCCACUACUACAGAGGCAAACGAAUUGGUACCAGUGAAUCCUUCGAGCGCAUAUUCUGCAAUAUCUUCAUUCCUGACUACAGUUGCAGCAGCGGCCAUCGUUAAACUGCUGAAUUAGAGAACUGUGAGCACUUAUUCAGUCUUAGCCCUUAGGUUUAUAUCGAAACGAGACAUAAAGAAGUGCGACACGGCGACACAAAAUUUCAAUAUGCGUCGCGCAAUUUCACAGUUUCGUUUCCACGAAAACUAACCAUUGUGCUGAUCGCACAUUUGUCCGUGCGGACACAUUCAUCCGCACCGUAUGCGCCGCAUUUCGUGACGUCAUUUCAUUCGAUGAUUUCUGGCUUGCGGCGCGUGCGGCGCGUAUGGUGCGGACAAAAUAUUAUGUGCGAUCACCUUCCUACCCGACUGACAAUUUUUUACGCAAAAUUAAGUUUACACAAGGUUUUUCUUUCUAAUGCGUAAAUAUAUAAUUGAUUUUAAUUGUUAAUGAUGAAUUCAAAUGAUUACUGAAUACUGGAUCUAAAAAAUGUGCCUUAAUUGCCUUCAGUUUGGCAAAAAUUUAAAGCUAGUUCGAAUAAUAUAAGAUGUGUAGUAUAAUAUAAUAUUAUAAUAAUAUCAAUUUAU